AGAACACCUGCGAAUUGUUGUAGCUCCAGUCUUUGUCAUGUCCUUGAUUCGUAUACCCCUCCUUUUACUACAGCUCUACUUUAGAACACCAACGGUUGUUCAAUCUCAAGACGUCUGUUCGGCAAACCAAUGUCGUAAUUUGGAGUUUAGGUCCGAAAAAGCUUUUGAAGGAAAACGCCUCUUGAAACACACCAUCCGUGUGGUGGAGGUAAUGGUUGCGAGCUUUUGUGAGAAUGUGUGUUACAUGGAGCCCGACUGUGUCAGUAUCAAUCUCGAUAAACGAGUGGAUGGACUUGGAGUGUAUAAAUGUGAACUGAAUAAUGCUACUCAUGAGGGACCACUAGAUGAGUUGACGGAUCACGAAAGUUACUUUUACCAUGCUGCUGAGAGCAAUUGUGUGCAAAGUCCUUGCAAGAACAACGCCAAGUGUCAGAGCGGAUUUACAGAGAAAGGUUAUUGCUGUCUGUGUCCCUCUGGAUUUGAGGGUUCCAUAUGCCACUUAGACAUCAAUGAGUGUGUUCAAGGUUCACACAAAUGCAGCCCUCAUGCAUUUUGCAACAAUACGAAAGGUUCUUACGAUUGUACAUGUAAACCUGGAUUUUCUGGAAAAGGCCAAGNC